GCCGAACGAUUCACAAACUUUUCGCUAAAUGUGAAGUUCGUUUACGUUCUUGGACACCGGAAGUCAUGAACGUGAGCGACUGAACAUCAUCACUUCAUCAGCGACGCUCCAAUCUCCGCCGUCUCCUCCGCCACAAAACCCCUCACCGUCUCCGCCUUCUCUGUCGUCUCCUCCGCCACAAACCCCCCACCCUCCGCCGUCUGAACAACUGAACAUCAUCACUUCAUCAGCGACGCAUCUUCGAUUAUCAUCCUUUUCCGGUGAAGGUACUCGACGUUAGGUGAAUUGUAGGCAGGCUUGUUUGGUUAUGUUUUCCUCUAGGAUCGUCAACAAACACAACUUUAACGGUGUGCUGUCAACCUCUUCACGUGUGUUCAGAGAGUAUUCAAUUAUGAAAGAUUGUAACAUGCACCCUGAUUCACAAAGGACUUACCAAGUGGUAGUUGCUGCAACUCGCGAUAUGGGAAUCGGGAAAAACGGCAACUUACCAUGGAAACUGCCUUCUGAUCUCAAGUUUUUCAAAGAGAUAACAACGAGUACAUCCGGUCCCACCAAAAAGAAUGCUGUUAUCAUGGGGAGAAAAACAUGGGAUAGCAUCCCGCUUCAAUAUCGACCGCUUUCUGGUCGCCUUAAUGUUGUGUUGACUCGGUCAACGACCUGCAACGUUGCCACUUCCGAGAAUGUUGUUACAUGUGGGAGCAUUCCUUCUGCUUUGGAACUAUUAGCAUCUUCCCCUUAUUCUUCGGAGAUAGAUAAAGUGUUCGUUAUAGGAGGGGGACAAAUAUUAAGGGAAGCUAUGAAUGGUCCAGGUUGUGAAGCUAUCCACAUGACUGAAAUCGAUGCGAAUAUCGAUUGUGAUACUUUCAUACCUCGUGUUGAUCUUUCUUUUUUCCGUCCCUGGUGUUCAUCUUUACCGGUUACAGAGAAUGAUAUAAGUUAUCGUUUUGUGUCCUAUGUUCGUGUUUGCAGUUCUUCGGACUCAAAUAAAUUAAAGCUCGAGAAUUUUGCUUUCUUGCCAAAGAUUAUUUUUGACAAACAUGAAGAGUUCAUGUAUCCUCACCAAAAAGAUUGAAGUGACAAAUAGCUUGUAGAACAAACAACUUAUUUAAGGUAAUUUGGAACAUGAAAUGAGUUUCUAUAGCAGUGACUGAAGAACCCAAGUUUGUUAAUGCUAACAUAUAUUUAAAAAGGGCUUUACAGCCCGGCCCAUGAUCAUUAAAAUGGGCUCUUUACAUGAAAAUUUUGCAAACAUGGGAAUGGGAUAUUAUUAACAGCAGACAUUUAACUACUUUUGUUUAAAUAAUUAUCAAAAUGUGAAGAAUUUCAAAUAUUUCAACCCUUUUUAUCC